AUCAGAAACAUGGCCCAUUUAAGCAUGGCGUCAUCCAUCGAACCCUACCGCAAGGGUGUCUCUUUCGGUGAUUGGGUCGACAGAUUAGAAUUUUGUUUCGUUGCAAAUAAUGUUGACGAAAACCUGAAAAAGGCCCAUUUUAUUACAUUGGCCGGUCCUCUUGUUUAUGCAGAAUUGAAACUGCAAUACCCGGUAGAAAAUUUGAACAAUGUGUCGUAUAACGACAUGGUUAAAAAGUUGAAGAAUAGAUUUGACAAAAAGCCUUCUUGCUUAGUACAACGUUUGAAAUUCUCAAACAGGGUUCAGCAACCAGAUGAGUCGCUUGAGGACUAUGUGUUAUCCGUCAAACUGCAGGCGGAGUUCUGUUCCUUUGGUGAAUUUAAGAAUCAGGCAAUUCGCGACCGUAUUAUUUCGGGCAUUAGGGACACUCGACUUCAAGAGAAAAUUCUGAAUGAAGAUGAAGAUUUAAACGUAGAAGCAACUGAAAAAAUCAUUAUGACUUGGGAAAUGGCGAAGUGCAACGCCAAAUCAUUGGGAAUAGAAAACAAAACAGAAUCUCUUGCUCCUUUGAAUGCAAUAAGACGCCCAAGAGGGUUAAUGUUGGAGAAACUGGGAGCUACACUGGAGGCAGCCAGGGUAGCAAAUCAACCAGGUUCUUCCAAAGUUCCCAUAAGGGACAGGUUAGGUUUCACGCCUUAUGCUCGGAAUAGUCCGCGUUACAGAGGGAACAAUCAAAACUCAAGAAUGACUGAAUGGAACAACGGCCUAGAUAAGGUUGAAGAACUUACACCGCGACGCAGUAAAAUUUGUAGACUCAUGGAAUGAACCUGGACCCAACACGGACCGGAGCCUCAGCGAGUUGUUCGACAGGAUGCGAGCUGACGACGUCGAAAGCGACAACAAUGAUGAUAAAGGUGACGUUCAAUGUAUGUUAGUGUCGUCCAUUAAUAAAAUUAAUAACCCUUGUUUAGUUAAUGUAAUCAUGGAAGGAAAAUCUAUCCAAAUGGAAGUUGAUUGUGGUUCUUCAGUAACCGUUAUGGGAAAACAGCAAUAUGAAUCGAACUUUAAUAUUCCCCUAAAAAAAUCGGAUAAACGAUUAUUGGUUGUGAAUGGGGAUAAACUUAAAAUAUGGGGUGAAACAAAGGUUUCAGUGAUGCUUGGAGGAAAACAAGCUAGUUUGACUUUGGUAGUUUUAGAUUGUAAAAAUAGUUUUGUACCUUUACUUGGACGUGACAGUUUAGAUGUAUUCUUCAAUAAUUGGAGAAACUUUUUUGGUAAUUCGUUGGAAAUCAACAAUAUAAAUUAUGGGAAUAAUACGGACCUGAUAACAGAUUUGAAACAAAAAUAUGCAGAUGUGUUUAUCAAAGAUUUUUCUUCGCCUAUAGUGGGUUUCGUGGCGGAUUUGGUGCUCAGUAACGAGGAACCAAUUUUUAAAAAAGCAUAUAAUGUUCCUUAUAGAUUGAAGGAUAAAGUGUUGAAUUAUUUACAAAAGUUGGAAGAUGAAAAAGUAAUUACUCCGAUCAAAACGAGCCAAUGGGCGUCUCCUGUAGUGAUCGUGAUAAAAAAAAUAAUGAUAUUAGAUUGGUUAUAGACUGCAAAGUUUCUAUAAAUAAAUUAUUGAUUCCAAAUACCUACCCAUUGCCGUCGGCUCAGGAUUUAUUUGCUGGGUUGGCAGGGUGUAAAGUAUUCUGCUCUUUAGAUCUGGAGGGCGCUUACACACAGUUGUCCUUAUCAGAAAAGUCUAGGAAAUUCAUGGUAAUCAACACUAUUAAAGGGUUAUAUACCUAUAAUAGGUUGCCGCAAGGAGCAUCAUCCAGUGCUUCAAUUUUCCAACAAGUGAUGGACCAAGUUUUACAAGGAAUUGAAUAUACAUACUGUUAUUUGGAUGAUGUUCUUAUUGCUGGUAAAAAUUUACAGGAUUGCUUGGGGAAAUUGGAAUUAGUUUUGACUAAAUUGUCGGCAGCGAAUAUAAAAGUAAAUUGGGAAAAGUGCAAGUUUUUUGUUACUGAAUUACCUUAUUUAGGACACAUAAUUAGUGAAAAGGGUUUGUUGCCGUGUCCAAGUAAGAUAUCGACUAUUAAGGAAGCAAAGGUACCAAAGAACGUACAAGAAUUGAAAUCUUUUCUGGGGCUCAUAAACUAUUAUCACAAGUUUAUACCACAUUUGUCAUCAAAACUAUAUUACUUGUAUAAUCUUUUAAAAAAUGAUACUAAAUACGUAUGGGACGCUAAUUGCGAUAAGGCCUUUGAAGAAAGUAAAAAAUCAUUGAUAGCGACGAAUUUCUUAGAAUUUUUUGAUCCAAACAAACCCAUAGUGGUUGUUGCUGAUGCUUCGAGCUAUGGCCUUGGUGGAGUAAUUGCUCACACUAUAGAUGGAAUUGAAAAGCCGAUAUGCUUCACUUCCUUCUCUUUGAAUUCAGCGCAGAAAAACUAUCCAAUCUUACACUUAGAAGCCUUGGCUCUGGUUUCCACAAUAAAAAAAUUUCAUAAAUACCUUUACGGACAAAAAUUUUUUGUUUUCACUGAUCACAAACCUUUAGUUGGCAUUUUUGGUAAGGAAGGCGGAAACUCCCUUUUUGUAACGAGACUCCACCGAUAUAUUUUGGAAAUUUCUAUAUAUAAUUUUGAAAUUCAAUACCGACCAUCCGCCAAAAUGGGCAAUGCAGAUUUCUGUUCCAGAUUUCCAUUAGAACAGAAAAUUCCAGAAGAAUAUGAUAAAGAGUUUGUCAGAAGUAUUAAUUUUACGAAAGAGUUGCCCAUUGAUCACAUUAAAAUAGGUCAAAUGACUAAUGGUGAUGAGUUUUUACAGACAAUUAUUAGAUACAUUCGCUGCGGUUGGCCCAAAAGAGUCGAUAAACGUUUCAUCAAUGUUUUCUCUAAUCAUCAAGAAUUAGAGAUUGUUGACGAAUGCUUAAUGUAUCAGAAUAGGGUAGUUAUACCACAGCUAAUGCAGAACGAAACAUUAAAGCUCUUACAUGCGAACCACGCAGGAAUGGUGAAAAUGAAGCAGCUAGCUAGGCGCUCGGUUUAUUGGUAUGGUCUUAAUUCAGAUAUAGAACGGUUUGUUAAAUCUUGUCAUGAAUGUAACAGUAUGGCGAUAGAACCAAAUUCAAAAGUGGAAUCCAAAUGGAUUCCUACAAUUCGACCGUUUAGCAGAAUUCAUAUUGAUUUCUUUCAUUUUGAACAUCAUACCUUUUUACUUAUGGUAGAUAGCUAUUCAAAAUGGGUUGAAAUAGACUGGAUGAAAAAUGGCACGGACGCAGGAAAAGUUCUGAAGAAACUUGUUGCUUUAUUUGCUAGAUUUGGGUUACCGGAUGUUUUAGUAUCGGACGGCGGUCCUCCGUUCAAUUCCUUCAAUUUUGUCGGGUUUCUGGAAAGACAAGGUAUAAAAGUAUUUAAAAGUCCGCCAUAUCAUCCUUCAAGUAAUGGUCAGGCAGAAAGAUUAGUCAGAACUGUUAAAGAAGUUAUGAAGAAGUUCCUUAUGGAUCCAGAAACUAAAGGAUUGGACCUGGAAGAUCAGAUAAAUUUAUUUUUAUUUACAUAUAGAAACACUUGUUUGAUAAAUGAUAGACAAUUUCCAUCUGAAAAAGUUUUAUCAUAUGCACCUAAAACGCUUAUUGAUUUACUAAAUCCAAAAAAGCAAUUUAAAAGACAACUAUCUAUACCAAAUCCUUCUGUGGAUGAAAAAUCAUCUUUAAAUGCUCCUACGAUUGUAGGAGGGCAUAUUAACGAUAUUUUUGACAAUCUGAUAGAAGGUGAUGAAGUGUGGUACAAGAACCAUAACCCACAUCAGCACAUGCGUUGGUUAAAAGCAAUAUUUUUAAAACGUUUCUCUAAAAACACAUUCCAGAUUACGAUUGGAAACGUGCCAACAAUGGCACACCGUACUCAGCUAAGAGUUCCUGAUUCCGGCCAGAGAAGACCAAACGUGAUCUCAAGAUACAGACCGGCCAAAGGGACGGAGUGUGUAGAGACAAACAUGAACAGUGAGGAUGAAGGAGGAUUCAAAGGAUUUAGUGAACUCGAAUUGGAGAGGAGAGGAACGAAGAGGAAAUUGCAGGCAUUAAUACUGCCGACGGAACGGUCGGGGAUAGAACCACGACGAUCGAAAAGAUUACGUACCACAAAGGUGGAUUCGAAUUUUGUUUACAAAUAGGAAAGAGAAAAGACUAAUGUCAAAUUAUACUGUGAAAUUUACACAAAUUCAAGAAAGCUUGAUCUCGAACUAGUUUGAAUUGAAAAACUAAUCGAAUUUUAAAUAAUCUAAGUGUUUGAAAUAUACAUAAGAAUUGUUUUAGUUUUAAGCAAAAAAAAAAUAUAAAAGGUGAAGAGCUAUUGUAUACGCCCUUUGCGUAUAACAGCGACUUUCAUAAGAUAACGCUAUGUAACGUUUUCAAAAGAACAUUGAAUAUAAUAUCGGCAGAGCCGUCACUUUUGUUUGAACUCUUAA